UCUAAAAGUAUCAACAGUCAAAUAAAAGUUACUAUUAUUGUCUCACGCACGUGCUCAAACUUGUACACGUGCACUGACAUGCGACCAUUCGUGUUGUACACAGUACACGUCUUAAUUUUGUUUACGGGGCUCUGCAAUGGUUGCGAUUGAAAUCAUUACGUGCCCAAUGCCGAAGCAGUCGAUAUUGAUGCUAUUGUGACAAAUUGCGCAGUAUUUUAAGUAAAAUAUGUUUUGGUAUUAAGUACUUUUACCAGGAGUUGUUUUAUCUCUUUGAAGAUGACUACUUCACUUGUACAGCAGUUUGCUCAACGUCUCAAGUCAAAACAUGAAGAUGUGCGAAAUAAGGCAGCCAGAGAGCUUUGUCUUUAUGUCAAAACAGAGCUUCGUGAAGCAACUCAAGAUGAAGUUACAGUUUUUAUGGAUGAGUUUAAUCACCAUAUCUUUGAAAUGGCCACUGGAUCUGAUAUAAAUGAAAAGAAAGGGGGAAUACUUGCUAUUAUUUGUUUGAUAAAUGCAGAUGUUGGUAAUAUCAAUACCAGAAUUAUUAGAUAUGCAAAUUACUUGCGUAACUUGCUCCCAUCCAACGAUGUUAGUGUUAUGGAAAUGGCAGCUAAAACUGUUAGCAAACUAGCUUUGGUAUCAGGUACUUACACAGCAGAAUAUGUUGAAUUUGAAGUUAAAAGAGCCUUUGAGUGGUUGAGCGGAGAUAGAAAUGAGAACAAAAGGCAAGCAGCAGUUUUAGUCCUAAAAGAAUUAGCAGUUUCAAUGCCUACAUACUUUUUUCAACAAGUGACCCAGUUUUUUGAGUUAAUUUUCAACGCUAUACGUGAUCCUAAACAUGCAAUUCGCGAAGGAGCUGUUGAAGCUCUUAGAGCAGCUCUGGUGGUUACUGCACAACGAGAAACAGCUAAGCAAAUGCAUAAAUCUGUUUGGUAUAAGCAAUGUUAUGAUGAAGUUGCUACAGGAUUUGAAGAGUCAUUUAGUAGAGAAAAGGGGUAUGUGCGAGAUGAUCGUAUUCAUGGUUCUUUAUUAGUUUUGAAUGAAUUAUUAAGAUGCAGUAAUCUUCAAUGGGAAAGACUUUAUGAAGAUCUUAUGGAACGUCUGAAUUGUUCUUUCCAGUCAAGUGAAAAUGACAUUCUUUUUCUAAUGCCACUCAUGAAAACCAACUUAGUUUCAAAAUGGGCUGUAGUACCAAAUACUACUAAUACACAUCAUUCUCUGCAUUCUAUUCAUGAAUCAGCUGCUUGCCGCAGUUUGAUGAUGGAAAAAUUAGAUCAAAUAAAUGCAGAUGUUGUAAAUCAACGUCAUUCUCGUAAUAGUCAUAUUCAAAAUGCGUUAAUGACCCUAUUACCAAGAUUAGCAGCUUUUAAUAGGAAAAGAUUUGUUGAGAAUAAUUUACUUGAAUGUCUUACGUAUUUGCUCAUGAAUCUAAGAGGUAGAGAGAAAGAUAGAACAGUUGCAUUUGCAACAAUUGGUUUAAUUGCAGUAGCUGUUGGUGAAGAUAUUAAACCAUACUUGCCAAAAAUUAUGGAAGUAAUAAAAAUGUCAUUGCCUUCAAAGGAGACACCUAGCAAGAAAAAAAGUUCUAUUUUAGAACCAGCAGUUUUUAUUUGUAUCACAUUGUUGGGACAUGCAGUUGGACCAAGCAUCACAAGCGAUGUUAAAGAUUUACUAGAGCCUAUGUUAGCAACUGGGCUGUCACCAAUAUUGACUACAUCUUUAAGAGAGUUAGCUCAAAGUGUACCUUCAUUAAAGCCUGAUAUAUCUCAAGGACUGCUAAGGAUGUUAUCUCAAGUCCUUAUGUACAAACCUCUUCGUCACCCUGGGGCACCAUGGACUGCAACAAGUCCAGUCUCAAUGCCUCCAACUGAAAUUGAUGUAGCUGCAACAGUCUUAGGACUCCGUACACUAGGUACAUUUAACUUUGAUGGGAAUCCACUACUUCAAUUUGUAAGACGUUGCGCCGACUACUUUCUCACUUGGGAAGAGCCAGAAGUACGUCUUGAGGCUGUGAAAACAUGUUCGAGACUUUUGAGAUUGGCUUUGAAUCAGCCUGGGCCUACAGUAACAAACACAGUAUCAACAGUAUUGGGAAAAUUACUUGUCGUUGGUAUUAGCGAUACUGAUCCUGAUGUCAGAUACUGGGUGUUAGGAUCAUUAGAUGAAACUUUUGACAUUCAUUUGGCUCAAGCUGAAAGUUUAUCUUGUCUUUUUGUCGCUAUGAAUGAUGAAGUUUUUGAAAUACGUGAAUUAGCGAUUUGCACUAUUGGACGCUUGAGUGUAAUGAAUCCAGCUUAUGUGAUGCCAGCUCUGCGUAAAACCCUCAUACAAUUUCUUACUGAGCUGGAACACUCCGGCAUGGGACGCAAUAAAGAACAAGCAGCUCGAAUGCUGGAUCAUUUAGUAGUGUCAGCUCCUAGAUUAAUAAGGCCUUACAUGGAACCAGUUUUAAAAGUUCUCGUACCCAAGCUCAAAGAAACUGAAACAAAUCCUGGCGUUGUUUUGGCAGUACUUCGAGCUAUUGGCGAUUUGGCAGAAGUAAGUGGUGCUGAGAUGCAACCUUGGAUGCCUGAAUUAUUGGACAUAUUAUUAGAAAUGUUGGUCGACGCAUCGUCACCAGAAAAACGAGGUGUUGCCUUAUGGGUUUUGGGGCAACUUAUCGGUAGUACCGGACACGUAGUUAAACCAUACAUGCAGUAUCCACAGCUACUCGACAUUCUGAUGAAUUUUCUAAAAACCGAGCAACAACCGGUUGUUCGACGGGAAACUAUUCGAGUUCUGGGACUGCUCGGCGCUUUAGAUCCGUAUAAGCAUAAAAUGAAUCUUGGUCAGAUUUCCUCACCCCAGUUGGAGUCUUUGUCACUGAGACCAUCGGCCGAUGCCAGGCCUGAGACUGCCGACGAAUUGAGCACAAGCGAGAUGUUAGUCAAUAUGCCUUCGGCCACUCUAGAAGAAUAUUAUCCAGCCGUAGCAAUAUCGACGCUUAUGCGUAUCAUUCGAGAGCCAACUUUGGCGCAGCAUCACACGAUGGUUGUUCAAGCUGUUACUUUCAUUUUCAAGAGUCUUGGAAUUAAAUGUGUACCCUAUAUUUCUCAAGUCAUGCCGAGCUUUCUCAAUGUACUGAGAACGGCAGAUGUAGGCUUUCGAGAGUAUCUUUUUCAACAGUUGGCCAUACUUAUUGUCAUUGUCAAACAGCACAUACGUAAUUAUUUGGACGACAUAUUUUCAUUGGUGAAGGAGUUUUGGACCCUUAACAGUCCCCUUCAAAGCACACUCAUACAUCUGGUUGAACAAGUAGCCAUAGCAUUGGGUGCUGAAUUUAGAAUAUAUUUACCGCGUCUUAUGCCUCAGAUUUUACGUGUACUUACUCAUGAUAUGAGCAAAGAACGUCAAGUAACAAUAAAACUCUUGCAAGCGUUGCAAAAAUUUGGUGGCAAUUUGGAUAACUAUCUUCACCUGGUAAUCCCACCGGUCGUACGGCUAUUCCAAUCAUCGCCUGAUAUUCCGGUGAACGUCAGCCGUUGUGCUCUAGAAACAAUCGAACUAUUGGCUGAAUGUUUAGAUUUUACAGAUUUUGCUUCUAGAAUUAUUCAAGCCCUAGCUCGAACCUUCAAUCAAUGCCCUGAACUGAAAAUUCCUGCUUGUGAAACAUUGUGUGCUCUCGUUAUACAGCUGGGUCCAAAAUUUCAAAUAUUCGUACCAAUGGUGCAGAGAGUAAUGUCAAAAAAUCGGGUCACUUACGCAAGGUACGACUCAUUAGUCGAUAAAGUAGUGAGCGAAGCGCGGUCUGGAUGUCAUGGCAAGUUGGAACCGGAGCACGAAUCGCUUCUGUCAGGAAGUGCAGUGCAACGUCAAAACAAAAAGCAAAGUCAGAGAGGAGCUGAAUUGGGAUUGUCUAAUGCAGCUGAUACCACCGUUAUCAAAAAGCUCAAUGUAUCGGCGUCAAACUUGCAAAAAGCUUGGACCGCAACGAGACGCGUGUCAAAGGACGACUGGCUGGAAUGGCUAAGAAGUUUGUCGAUCGGUCUAUUGAAGGAAUCACCGUCACCGGCGUUGCGCUCGUGCUGGGCACUGGCCCAGACAUAUUCGCAGUUGCCUCGAGAUCUGUUUAAUGCUGCUUUCGUUUCGUGUUGGAGCGAGCUCGACGACGCGCAUCGUAUCGAGCUUGUGGCGACGCUGCAACAAGCCCUAUUGGUACCAGAUCUUCCAGAAAUCAGUCAAACAAUUCUCAAUCUUGCUGAGUUCAUGGAACACUGCGACAAAGGCCCACUACCUCUCGAUAGCAAGAUUCUCGGAGAACGCGCUAUGCAUUGCCGGGCUUAUGCCAAAGCUCUUCAUUACAAGGAAGACGAGUUCCACAAAGGUCGAAGCGGUGCGGUGUUCGAGUCGCUGAUAGGUAUUAACAAUAAACUCCAGCAAAAGGAGGCAGCUGAAGGUUUGCUCGAGUACGUCAUGAAUCAGCAGCAACUUCAACAAAACGAUAGUAACAAGCAAGAACUCAAAGUGCAAGUACGCUGGUAUGAAAAAUUGCAUAACUGGGACAAAGCACUGCAGUUGUACCACGAACGUCUGGACGCCGACCCAGGAGAUAUCGAAUCAACUCUUGGUGAAAUGAGAUGCCUCGAAGCUCUAGGUGAAUGGGGCCAACUGCAUGAGGUUGCCAUGAAACAGUGGUCUGAACAUAGCCAUGAGACGAAGCAACGCAUGGCCAGAAUGGCUGCUGCUGCUGCGUGGGGUUUAAAUAAUUGGGAUGCUAUGCAACAGCACGUAGCGCUCAUACCUAAAGAUACUCAAGAUGGUGCAUUUUAUCGUGCAGUUCUGGCCAUUCAUGAUGAGCAUUACUCCUUGGCCCAUAGACUUAUCGAUAGUGCGAGAGACUUGUUGGACACUGAACUUACAGCUAUGGUUGGAGAAAGCUACCAAAGAGCUUAUAAUGCUAUGGUCGAAGUUCAGAAGUUGGCCGAAUUAGAAGAGGUGAUACAAUACAAAUUGGUGCCGGAACGACGUUCGACCAUUAAAAACAUGUGGUGGGAACGUCUUCAAGGUGGUCAGCGCAUCGUCGAGGAUUGGCAAAAAAUCAUUCAAGUGCAUACGUUGGUCAUAUCACCGCAGGACGAUAUGCAUACAUGGCUUAAGUACGCUAGUUUAUGUCGCAAGAGUGGAAAUCUUGCAUUAUGUCAUAAAACUCUCGUAAUGCUGUUUGGAUCAGAUCCAUCUUUAUUGCGACCCGAUCAGCCCAUUCCCGACCAUCAUCCGCAGGUAACAUUUGCUUAUUGCAAACACAUGUGGGUGGCUGGUAAACGGAACGAAGCUUACGGUCAACUACAACGCUUUGUGCACAACUUCCUACCGUCGCAGCCCGCGGCGCUGGUGCAGCUAUUGCCAGAUGAAGAACGUCAACCGGAAAAUCGAAAACGAUUACUCGCUCGAUGUUACCUCAAACUUGGAGAAUGGCUCGAAGCCUUGCAAGGCAUGAACGAUCACUCAAUACCAGCAGUACUGUCAUAUUAUUCAGAGGCUACCAACCACGACCCAAUGUGGUACAAAGCUUGGCACGCGUUCGCCUACACGAAUUUCGAAGCCGUGUUAUUUUUCAAGCAUCAGAUAGGGGAUACGGUCUUGGGUGACCAAACCAACUCGUCAAACGGAGCUUCACAACAGAAUAAUUUAGCCGCAGGUUACAUAUCGAAAUUUACUGUACCGGCAUUAAAAGGAUUCAUUAAGUCGAUCAAUCUUUCACACGGCAAUUCGCUGCAGGACACGUUGAGGCUACUGACACUGUGGUUUGAAUACGGACAAUGGCCUGAAGUCUACGAGGCUAUUAUCGAGGGUAUCCGAUUGAUUGAAAUUAAUACAUGGCUUCAAGUCAUUCCUCAGUUAAUUGCGAGGAUCGAUACUCCUAGAGCUCUGGUAGGCCGUUGCAUACACAAUCUGCUGGUUGACAUUGGUAAGACUCACCCUCAAGCGCUCGUUUAUCCGUUGACGGUUGCAUCGAAGAGUGCAAGUCACGCGCGAAAGACUGCGGCCAACAAGAUACUAUCCAGCAUGAGCGAACAUAGUCCAACAUUGGUACAACAAGCCAAAAUGGUUAGUGAUGAAUUGAUUCGUGUGGCUAUUCUGUGGCACGAGCUUUGGCACGAGGGUCUCGAAGAAGCAAGCCGUCUUUAUUUCGGCGAGCGCAACGUCAAAGGCAUGUUUGACACUUUGGAGCCCUUGCAUGCAAUGCUGGAACGAGGCCCUCAGACCCUAAAAGAGACAUCGUUCAACCAGGCCUACGGCCGUGACCUGAUGGAGGCUCAAGAAUGGUGUCACAGAUACAAGAGCUCGGGCAACGUGCGCGAUCUCAACCAAGCUUGGGAUCUAUACUAUCAUGUAUUUCGGCGAAUAUCUCGUCAGUUGCCGCAGUUAACUAGUCUUGAGUUGCAAUAUGUUAGUCCAAAACUAUUGCUUUGUAGAGACCUCGAAUUGGCCGUACCGGGUAGUUAUCAACCAGGACAAUCGAUCAUCAGAAUUGCCAGUAUACACAGCUCCAUGCAGGUCAUCACAAGUAAACAGAGACCAAGAAAACUCUGCAUCAAAGGAAGUAACGGUAAAGACUACAUGUUUUUACUUAAAGGACACGAAGAUUUACGACAAGACGAACGUGUCAUGCAGCUAUUUGGUCUAGUCAAUAUGUUACUUUUACACGAUCCUGAUACUUUCCGAAGAAAUCUUACGAUUCAGCGGUACGCCGUAAUUCCUUUAUCAACAAACAGUGGUCUCAUUGGGUGGGUACCACACUGCGACACUUUGCACACUUUGAUUCGUGACUAUAGAGAGAAAAAGAAAAUUUUGCUCAACAUAGAGCAUAGAAUUAUGCUCAGGAUGGCGCCAGAUUACGAUCACCUCAUGCUAAUGCAAAAAGUCGAAGUUUUCGAGCACGCCCUCGAACAUACUCAUGGAGAUGACUUGGCUCGUUUGCUCUGGCUGAAAUCCCCAUCCAGCGAAGUGUGGUUCGACAGGAGAACAAAUUACACAAGAUCUCUUGCUGUCAUGUCAAUGGUUGGAUACAUUCUUGGUUUAGGGGAUAGACAUCCUUCGAAUCUUAUGUUGGAUCGUUUGAGUGGAAAGAUACUUCAUAUAGAUUUUGGCGACUGUUUCGAGGUUGCUAUGACGCGAGAAAAAUUCCCCGAAAAAAUACCAUUCCGCCUGACUCGUAUGUUGAUUAACGCUAUGGAAGUAACAGGCAUUGAAGGUACUUAUCGUCGUACAUGUGAAUCUGUAAUGUCAGUAUUACACCGCAAUAAGGACAGUCUGAUGGCUGUACUCGAAGCAUUCGUUUAUGAUCCCUUGCUUAAUUGGCGUUUGAUGGAUAACGCAGUACCCAAAGGCAAACGUAGCGACAAUCAAAGUAUAAGUGUCAGCAGCAGUCAGGAACAAGGAGAUCUAAUGGAUUCAUUGAUUGCUACAUUGCCAAAAAAAGGCGUCCCUUGCAGUAUCGAAAAUGAAGGUGACAAUAACCAGCCAGAAGCCUUAAAUAAGAAGGCCUUGCAAAUAAUCAAUAGGGUCCGUGAUAAAUUAACUGGCCGUGAUUUUUCGCAUGAAGAGACUCUGACGGUACAGAGACAAGUUGAUUUGCUAAUAGAACAAGCUACUAAUAAUGAAAAUCUCUGUCAAUGUUAUAUUGGAUGGUGUCCGUUUUGGUAAUGCGCCUAGCUUACAAAUAUUUUUUACUCCACUUAAGAUUGCGGUGGCUAUACCAUGUACAUAAAAGAUUAGAAAUGGAAGUGCAUUUAUUAAUUAGUUCCUUACUAAGCUAAGAUGUACAUAACAUGAUCGACAAUGGGAAAAUCCUUUUUAUCUAUCAUGCUAUAUAACUUUUAUGGAAGGAUGUUUAUACUUGUACAAUAAGUACUAUUAAUAUCAUAAGCUUAAAUAAUAAUCACGAUAACAUAUAUUUUAAAGUCUGCUCAUGUGUAUAGUAAAUGUAAUGAUGUAAAUAAAUAUACUUUUUAAUAAUA